AUGGCGACCAAUACAGAGGACGUAAAGCAUGAAAGCGAGGCACUUGGGAUGACCGGAGAAAAUGGAGGCGAUGGCGCGGUGUCAUCGUCGUCGUCAGAAGUUGUUCUGAAGAAAGGGCCGUGGACGGCGGCGGAGGACACAGUGUUGAUAGAGUAUGUGACAAAGCAUGGAGAAGGGAAUUGGAAUGCGGUGCAGAGAAACACAGGACUAGCUCGCUGUGGCAAGAGCUGUAGGCUGAGAUGGGCGAACCAUUUGCGACCCAAUUUGAAAAAAGGAGCUUUCUCUCCCGAGGAAGAGAAGCUCAUCCUCGAGCUUCAUGCACAGUUUGGUAACAAAUGGGCUCGCAUGGCUGCGUUGUUACCUGGGCGUACAGACAAUGAAAUCAAAAAUUAUUGGAACACGAGAGUGAAGCGCCGUCAACGACAAGGUCUGCCUCUUUAUUCCAAUGAACCUGAUCAUCGUCCCACCAACUCACCCAAAGCCACCAUUAAUGCUUCUCCAGCUCUUCCUAAUAACGCUACACAAUUCGAGUCCAUUUAUCAACGCUACCAUUAUCCUCCUUUGUCUCUUCAACUCCACUACCUCCCCAAUAUUCUCCUCUUUCAUCGCCAUUACAGCCUAAACCCACCAUUUCUGACCCAAUGA